AAGAGAUCGCAGCAGGGGUAAAGGGAGCGGACGGGAAGCGAUUUUCGCCGACUCUGGAUUCGUCCCCGGCGUGCGCAAGAAUGGCGGCCCUUCCCGGCACUGUACCGAGGAUGAUGCGGCCGGCUCCCGGGCAGAACUAUCCCCGCACGGGAUUUCCUCUGGAAGUGUCCACCCCACUUGGCCAAGGCCGGGUCAAUCAGCUUGGUGGGGUCUUCAUCAACGGGCGACCCCUUCCUAACCACAUCCGCCACAAGAUAGUAGAGAUGGCCCACCAUGGCAUCCGGCCCUGUGUCAUCUCCCGCCAGCUGCGUGUCUCCCAUGGCUGCGUCUCCAAGAUUCUCUGCCGCUACCAGGAGACCGGGUCCAUCCGGCCUGGGGCCAUUGGUGGCAGCAAACCCAGACAGGUGGCGACUCCGGAUGUGGAGAAAAAGAUAGAGGAGUACAAGAGGGAAAACCCAGGCAUGUUCAGCUGGGAGAUCCGAGACCGGCUGCUGAAGGAUGGGCACUGUGACCGCAGCACCGUGCCCUCAGUGAGUUCGAUUAGCCGCGUGCUCAGAAUCAAGUUCGGGAAGAAGGAGGAGGAAGACGAAGCGGACAAGAAGGAGGACGACGGCGAGAAGAAAGCCAAGCACAGCAUCGACGGCAUCUUGGGCGACAAAGGCAACCGUCUGGAUGAGGGCUCGGACGUGGAGUCAGAACCCGACCUCCCUCUGAAACGUAAGCAGCGCCGCAGUCGGACCACGUUCACAGCCGAGCAGCUGGAGGAGCUGGAGAAGGCCUUCGAGAGGACUCACUACCCGGACAUCUACACCCGGGAGGAGCUGGCGCAGAGGACCAAGCUGACGGAGGCACGAGUGCAGGUCUGGUUCAGUAACCGCCGUGCCCGCUGGCGUAAGCAGGCAGGAGCCAACCAGCUGGCAGCAUUCAACCACCUUCUGCCAGGCGGCUUCCCGCCCACCGGCAUGCCCACGCUGCCCCCCUACCAGCUGCCAGACUCCACCUACCCCACCACCACCAUCUCCCAAGAUGGGGGCAGCACGGUGCACCGGCCCCAGCCCCUCCCACCGUCCACCAUGCACCAGGGGGGCCUGGCUGCGGCCGCUGCAGCCGCGGACACCAGCUCUGCUUACGGAGCUCGCCACAGCUUCACCAGCUACUCCGAGAGCUUCAUGAACCCGGCAGCGCCCUCCAACCACAUGAACCCUGUCAGCAACGGCCUGUCUCCUCAGAAACAGGGGAGCAGAGGAGCCCCCCACGCCUGCCGUGGCGCCGGCACUGACGGUCUCUCCCCGCAGGUGAUGAGCAUACUGAGCAACCCCAGCGCGGUGCCGCCGCAGCCCCAGGCCGACUUCUCCAUCUCUCCGCUGCACGGCGGCCUGGACUCUGCCACCUCCAUCUCGGCCAGCUGCAGCCAGCGGGCUGACUCCAUCAAGCCGGGAGACAGCCUGCCCACCUCCCAGUCCUACUGCCCGCCCACCUACAGCACCACCGGCUACAGCGUGGACCCCGUGGCUGGCUACCAGUACGGCCAGUAUGGCCAGACUGCUGUUGAUUACCUGGCCAAAAACGUGAGCCUCUCCACACAGCGUCGCAUGAAGCUCGGGGAGCACUCGGCUGUGCUGGGACUCCUGCCUGUGGAAACUGGCCAGGCCUACUAGGGCCCCUGGGGCGACUUGCCCCAGCCCAAGUCCCAGCCUAACCCUUACUGAUCCCUGAGCCUCCCAGACUCAGUCCCUUCAUUGCCCUGGGGUCCCAGGAGGCCAGGAAAGGAGCCCAUUCCCUUCUCAUGGCCAGCGCUCUGGAGACGAACAGCCCAUCCACCAUUUGCCUGUGAUUAGGGACCUGGAGUGACCCCCUUGGAGUCUACUCCCUCACUGUCCCCUCCCAGGAGGGUCUCUGGUCAGCCUGCAGUUUUC